ACAUGAAAUAACACCUGCUAAAAUAGUAACCUACAAACAGAUCUCAUUCCCUUUCCCCCAAUUCAACCCAAAAAUGGUGGCGAACCCGAAACCCUUAGCGACAGCCGCCGGUACAAUCCGAUCCAGAUUGAUCCAAACCCUCCGAACCCGCGGCGGAGGAACCACCAACAGAUGGACUAGCCCAGGUCACCAAGAUCGACCCAAUGGCUACCUUUUCAAUCGAACUCCAACUCCACCUGGUCAAUCUCGCAAAUGGGAAGACUGGGAAUUACCAUGUUACAUCACAAGCUUCCUCACCAUUGUUAUCCUUGGUGUUGGGCUUAAUGCUAAGCCCGAUCUUACUCUUGAGACUUGGGCCCAUCAGAAAGCCCUUGAGCGUCUUCAAGCCCAGCAGAUUUCUGAUUCCUCUGAGUAACUUCAAACCCUUUUAGAAUAAUCUUUGUUUUCGACUGAUAAACGGAUGUGUUUAGUUUAAUUUUUGUUAUUGUUGAUAUAUGACGGGGUUGUAGUGGAAGAAAAAAAAUAAGGGUUUCUGAACAAUUGACCCUUUUUUAAAAGAGUCUUGUUUAAAGUAUAUUUUGGUAAAUGAAUUGUUUUAAUUUCUUCUUUUGGUAAUUGAUGGUUACAUCUUGAUGUU